AUGCCCGAUUCACCAGGUGACGACAAUAACGAUUCCAGAACAGCCUCAUUUGGUGUGCAACGCAAUCGCGCCACCAGCACCAAUGGCUCGCGACAGAGCUCCAUAGAUAGCAAUUCGCACCCCAGGAAAAGACAACGAAGGAAUGGAAAGGUGGGGCCUACAGAUGCGCGCGACUUUGUUCCGCAAGGUGCCACAUUCAGCGCAAAUACGUUGGCGGUCGACCCGGAUAGUACGUCCAGUUCUGGCUCCUCGGGCAGCGACGAUGAAUCCAAUUCCUCGAAUGAUGGAAACGAGGCUUCCUCCCAGGUUGAGCCUCAAUCCGCAGCUGCUCCUAACUGGAACAAGGCCAGUAGAAGUACCAUCAGGACCUCAUUGAACAAACGGGGAAACAAGGCAAAUGAGGUUGAACAGGAUUCUCGGUUUGAUGCGGUCAACGAUAAGUACUGGCGCAGUCGCAGCGAAUCGGUUUCGACUGGUGGCGACAACGAUAAUGCAUCACAGAUCAACAGUGAUGAUGCUUCAGAGGAGGGAGAAGUACAGGAAGAUGAUUCUUCUGACUCCAGCCGAAUGCAUCUAUCAGGGGACUCCGACGACUCAUCUCUGGACUCAGAGGCCGACGACUCGAUACUGUUGAAUAUCAACUCCCGUGGCCAGACACAGCAUGCUAGUCAGAAACAAAACGGGGGGCUAUCGCUGCAAGAUGAUGAGUACGAUCCAGAGUCUCUUCCGGAUUCUCAACGUAUUGCCAAUGGGCACACCUUUGACGGGGCCAGAGAUGGCUCUCCGUCGACGUCGAAGGAGGAGGCAUUCCGUCACUUCGCCCAAAAAUACCCCACAAACCCCGAGACACUUGCUGAUCUUAAUCGUGAAGAUAUGGAAUCCCAAGCCAAGUAUAUCUUCUACGAUCGCGAGAUUAAUGACAUAAACCUGCAAUUACCAGUCGCUUGCACUGAAUGCAUGCGGGAGGGCCAUCUUGCGGAAGUGUGUCCAUACAAGGAGUGUGUGCAUUGCGGUGCUUGGGAUCAACACCAGAGCAGUUUCUGUUCUUCGUGGAGAAGAUGUCAGAAGUGUCGAGAGCGUGGCCACGAUCAGCAAGAUUGCUCUUCGCUCUUGAAAGGUUCCGCAUCUGAGAUUCCCUGUGAUCUGUGUGGGUCUUCGGCUCAUUUGGAGCUUGAGUGCGAUUUCAUGUGGAAAACUCAUCGACAAGAGCCACCGUCCGGGCCCGUACUUGUAUCCAUAUCUUGCUCUCAUUGUACCAGCAACCACCACUUGGUCGGUGACUGCCCAUCCCUACCACAGCCAUUGAAAUCUUCGUCUUGGACGCUGAGAGGAAUUGAUCCGAAUAUGGUCACCAAUCUCAAUUCCGUGGUUAAUGGUAGAAGCGGAGGACCUUCAUCUAGAGGUCGAGGUGGGAUCAAAAUUAGGGGCCGUGCAGAUGCACACUCCUCCCCGGAUGAUAGCGAUGACUUGAUAACCAGACGGCGCCCCGUCGGUCGUGGUGGAAACCGAGGCAACAUUCGAAUUGGUAGUGGAAUUGGGAAGAACAAGAACCUAGCGCCAGCCGGCUCGCGAGGCUCAGAUAUGGAUUCUCGUCAGUUUUACAGGGAUCGUCAGGAUUUCCAUUCAGGCACCGCGCGGCAGCGCUCCUUGUCCCCCAACCCGCGCCGCGGAAGAGGCAAGGAUAGCUGGCAACCUGCACCUCGCUCGCCCCCACGAGGCCAGUCCAGACCGCCUCCUCGUGGAGGAAGAGGUGGUGGUCGGGGACGUGGUGGACGUGGCAAUGGUAAUAAACGAGGGGGUAACGGCGAUGCUUAUCGUCCAAUGCCGAGCGCCGCUAAAAAGGCUUGGGAUAGGUACAGACUCUGA